GAGCUCAAACUUAGAGCAGCCGUCUGAGAUAGAUUUGUGAUUGAAGGAACGCUCAGCUGACAAAUCGGAGUUGCUCUUCAAACAUCCAAUUUUAGAUUCUCAUGAAGAAAUCAAGAACUCAGGAAUCUCAUCAGGAAUAAAGUGCUGUCCCUGGUGAGUCUGGAGUUAUAGGAUGCUGUGAGAACCUCAGCUGCUAACCUAAAUAUUUCCUGGGUGCCUCUUAUGUGGCAGACAUUCAAGAUCCAAAGACAAGCAAGAUGCAGUCCGUAUCCCCCAGGAGCUUGUAGUCUCAUGGGAAAACAACAAUGUCAGGCCCCGCCUCUAGGAUGUCUCCAUGCGCUGAGCUGUGAGGGACUCAGUGCACCAUGUACAGCGUGGAAGAUCUCCUGAUUUCUCAUGGAUACAAAGUGUCAAGAACCCUCCCGGCAGCCCGCGAGGAUAACUACGAGGAGCACCAGCGUGCAGUGGCAAGGACUAGAGCCAGCCAGGGGGUGUUGAAUGGGUUUGAAAACGACCCGGCUGCUUUGGCACAGGUCAAGAAAUCCCUUGGGCAGGGAUACGUGGGCGCAUCCCAGAGCCACCGAGGGACCCCUAGAGGCCACCGAGAGCCCCUGAGUUCUUCUGCUUCUAGAACAUCGGACACAGGAUUUUAUGACCAAGCACUAUGCAUGUGGCCUUCCCAGCCCCAGGCCGGUGACGACCGGGCCUCCUGGGGGAGAAGAGGACCGGAGCCUGGUGGCUGGCUGGGCCCGGAGGCCAGGGGAGGGGCCCACGCCCAUGGCCUGCCCGUCCACCUGAGGGAGGGUCCAUGGGAAGUUGGAACGAGGACCGAGAGUGCGAUAAAGGCGGCAAUUUUGGAAGAAGAACUGAGAAUGUCAGGGCCCGCCAGGUGGCAGAACGUAAGCCUCGAAAGCUGGAACCAGCCGAGGAAACUAGGGAGGCAGAUGUCUGACAGCGAUGGGGAGAGAGUGUUUCAAGAUCUGUACCCGUUCAUUCAAGGAGAGCAUGUGUUGAAUUCUCAAAACAAGGGGAAAUCCCAGUCGUUGCCUAGAGUUCUUUCCCCCGAGAGCCUGAGUUGCGUGGAAGUGCCCAUUCCAUUAGAUGAUGGACGUUUGCCAGGUGUUCCGAAAAUGCCAUUUUAUCCUCCAAAUUGUGCGCCAACUUUGGAAUCCACAAGGAACCCUGAGAAGGCUGGCUCCUUUGUUCCUUUACCACAGCGUAAGUUUGGGAGACCCCUAAAGCCUCCAUCUUACGAAUCACACUGGCAAUCUAGGGGAGGAGUAGAAAACAGCGACUAUCAGGACAGCCAGCAAACGGACCUUUAUGUUUCCUAUUUGACCAAAACCAACGACCCCAGGCAUGAUCUCUGGGCAUCAGACCCUGCUUUGGAGCCUCCGGUUUAUGUGCCUCCCCCAUCAUACAGGUCACCCCCCGAGCACAUCACCAACCCGUACCUGGAGGAUGCGGUGCCUCGACAGCAGCAGCCCAUGGAGAAGACCGGUGCCGGCCACCAGCUUCCUUGUGGCUCCCUGGGAACCGGGAAUGAAUAUGGCGCUGGCCUGCGCUCUCCUCCAGGGCCGCACCCACAGCCCCACCCCACCACCGCUUACGACGACAGCUCUGUUGAGUACAUUCCUUUUGACCAUCCGCGGAUACGCCAUAUUAAACUCGCUCAGCCCCAGGGCAUCUGCAAAGGAGCAAAGCCGUAUGGUCAGCUGUGUGACCCUGGUUCUGUUGCUCCCCAGGAACUAGCUGCUCACAGAAGUGUGCAACAUGACGGGGCCUUUUGGGAUGCACAGAGCCGGAUGCCCAUGGCAGGGAGCAAGGGAGCCCCUGCAGCCCCUGAUCCCAGCCCCCCGUGGCUGCUGGGCCACCGCCCUAGGGAUGGAGAAAGUGACAACAGUUGUAUCGUGAGAGAACCACAAGCUGCCACGAAAGGCAGCCGGCUCGGCCACCCAGAGGGCCACGUCUCUUCCCCCAGACUGCAGGGUGAGAGGACCAGGGAAACCAUGACCAAGCUCAAGACGUUUGAAACCGGGAGUCAGAUCAAGAGAUGUUCAAAGAAAAAAAUGAACGAGACUAUAUUUUGUUUGGUUUCCAUCCCAGUUAAAUCAGAAUCACAUCUGCCAGAUAUAGAUACAAACAACGACUUAAAACAGAGCUCUGAUAAGCAGAACGGGUUUGAUAAGAAAGCAGCUUUGCAAGAACAAAGUCUGCUGAGCAUGUCUUCCACCGACCUGGAGCUGCAGGCGCUCAUGGGGUGCAUGGCUGGCAAAGCAGAGCCACAAAAACACGAUCUGGGGGAACCAGAAGACAAAGAAACAAACGACUUCAGAUUCAUUCACCCUACGGGCCCCGGAAAGUCCAAACCUCCUGGCUCCUGGCCAGGGCACCUGCACAGAGAUCAGCAAACCCAAACCAGCUUUGCCGAAGAGCCCACGAGCUCACAGCCGCUCCCUGGGCCGACUUCCAAGUGCUGGGACCCACCCGCCUCCGAAGCUCAAAAGUCCCCGGCAUUCGCUCCUGGGGACCCAAAUCAGAGGCCGAGUGCCCAUCACUUGAAAGGUCAGCUGCACCUCAGCCUGUCCAGCAACAGUGCUUUCUCCUGGACCCCGUCCAGCACAAAUCGGGCACAGGCGUGCUCGCGUCAGCCCUGCCCUGAGGUCCAUGGACACGCAGCAGACCCCACGCCCAAGGGGGAGGUAGUGAAGGGCGAAGCAGCCGGGCCGUGCAACAGCAAGCAGCUCUUCGGUCAGUUUCUUUUGAAGCCAGUUAGUCGCCGUCCCUGGGAUUUAAUCAGUCAGUUGGAAAGUUUCAACAAGGAGCUUCAGGAGGAGGAGGAGAGCAGCAGCCGGAGCAGCGGCAGUGAAGAAAGUGAGACGGAGUGGCAGCAGGAAAACGGCACCAGCUCCAGACCGGAGAAUUCUGGCCUCGGUGAAAACAGUCAGGAAAUGAGAGUGGAGCAAGGGCCAAGGACGGUGGUGCCGGAGGAGCCUGGGUUUAGGUCAGGAAGGGUGAAAAGUAAGUCUGAGAGCUGGAGUGAGGAGCAGAGGCCAGGAUGGCCAUGUGCCUGGCCCCGGGCCCCGGGCCCCCUGGGGGCGGAAGGGAGCAGAGGUGGAUACUGUGGGUCAGCAGCAGGAAGCUUGAUUAUGGAGAAGAGGGUCCAGGAGGUGGAAAGUAGAAUAGACCAGCUAGCAGUCAGCCCAGGCCCUGUGAAAAGAAUGAUGGCAUUCAGAUUAAGUGACACAAAACCAGCCCCCCCAGUCCUCGCAGUGGAACCGGGGUUGCCACUGGAAAACCAGAAACUCACCAGUGUUUUCAAUUCUGUGGAGCUGAGCCAAAUGAUCCCCCCCAGGGUUGAUGCUGGUGGAGAGCAGGGUACAGGGGCUCCCCUCUCCCUUGCUGACAAAGGUCGAGGCCUCUCGGCACCAGACUUACGGGCUGUGGGGCUGAGUACCGGCCAAGAGCAGUGCCCAGGUGAGCCGGACGGCUCCUUAGAGAAAGUGGGUGCAGUCGAAAUCCCCCAAAACGAGUCCCUCCAAGCCAGGGCAGCCAGGAUCCUGGGCAUCGACGUGGCGGUGGAGACCCUCCUGCGGGGCAGCAGGAGAAGCAGGCGCGACCAGCCCCAGCCCCCCGCGUCCGAGGACGCUGCCCUCCGGACAGACGCGCCCGGCGAAAAGCCGCUGCCCGGCCCGGCCUGCCCGGAGGAGCCCGCAGCGCCCCGGGAUGCCUUCUACGGCCGGAGAAAGUGCGGCUGGACGGAGAGCCCCCUCUUCGUGGGGGGCAGGGACGGGGAGAGCCGAGCCCCCCCAGCCCCCGACCCUGCCGGCCUGCCUGGGGCCCCCGCCGAGCCUCCGCCCCGCCCGCCGGACCCCCGGGCCCCUGCUCCCGAUGCCGGGGGCCCCGGGCCGCCCUUCCGGGCCACGCUGUUCCAUUUCGUGGAGGGCAGCCCGAGCGCAGCGGGCCCCGAGAAGAGGCCCAGGGGCCCCUCCAAGGCCAUCGAGAGCUUGCAGGAGAAGCUGGCCUCCCCGCCCCGCAGGGCCGCCCCCGAGCGCCUGCUGAGGAUGAAGGAGGUGAGCUCCGUGUCCCGCAUGCGGCUCCUCGCCUCCCCCGGCGGCGCCGGCGCCACCCCGGAGCCCAAGGACGCCCCGGCCCGGAGCGGCGAGGACCCCGCGCGCAGAGGGGGGCGCGCGGGCUCCGCCUCCAGGGGCGCCCUCUCGCGGGAGGAAAGCGGACGCCGGAGCCGGCACCGCGGGAGGAGGAGCGUCGAUGAGGACUCCUGGUGCCCAGAUUCGUACGAUCCUAGCAGAGUGGAAAGAGUGUGAAGAAAUGGCAGUGAAGCUCUGAGUUUACUAAGCAAGUAUCCUCUGAUGCGGGGGUACUACCCAACAGGCGCACUUAUACGUUGGAAACUGCUGGGUUUUAGUGUAUCGAUACAUCCUUUGCCACUGUCACACAGAAAUUAGUCAUUCGUGCAGAGUUGCUUUGUGGAGAUAAAGCAAUAGUCACUUGAAAGCAUCUGUUUCUAUGGCAUGAAGAUUUAAUGCCUUUAUUUAGAAAAGUGUUUUCAUAGAAACUCUCCUUGAUGAUGGAUUUGUCAGAGUUGGUAAAUAGUUGGGUGUCAGUCUGGUUCUGAGUGAAAAUUUAAAGGUGGAAGAUCUAGUGGAAUAAUUUGGAAAGGCCUGUGAAUGCCAUAACCCCCUAUUGCAUCUCCACGGCCUGUGUGCUGUGCUCAUGUGAAGGGGUUUGGGACAUGGGACACAGGCUGUGGCCUCGUGUCUCAGCACUUUGAAUUUAGAGGAAGUGUGAAAUGAAUAGACACGAUCCAUGUCUAGUCAGUUUGGCCUGCUGCUGCUGGAAGUAACUUUAUGUAAAAGUAACUUGCCAUCAGAGAAUAAAAGCAGUAUCUCUUAAGUUGCUGAAAGAUUAAAAUGUGUACUAUACUAUACUAGGAGUAUUGUUUAUCUGGGAAUGAAAUACUUUGAUCAUUUGCAAAUAUACAUUGUCUGCUUUGCACUCAGUAUUAUCUAUUUUUAUUUUCUGUAUGGAUGUUUAGAAAGUCUUUAUAUGAAAAAAUAAUUGCUGGUUUAAAAUAGACCAUUUUAACAAAGUAACUAUAUUUCUUUUUACAAAAAUACUAUUUUUCUAUGAUGUAAACAAUUGUUAGGUGGCAGAUUUUUAAGGAAGUAUUAUUUUAUUUAAAAGAGUUUGUAUCCCCUUGUGUGAGAGGAACCCAAAGAGGGUUCACAUUUGCUUUAAAGCAUUUGCUAUGUCCCUUUUUACAACACUGCUACUUUUAUUUUAUUGUAGAAAGAAAUGUCAGUAUAUACAUAUUACAGGGUUAAUAAAAUGAACUUUAAACAAAGAUUUUUUUUUCUUUACAGAUACAGCUAUAAGAUUAUAUUUGAAAAGAACCCUCUCAAAACCAGCCAACAUCCUUACAAUGGCUUUUACUGCCAUGUUGACUAGAAUUACCAAAACGUAGUUUCAGCUUUGUAUGUCUGGGGUGAUCUGCCCCAAGCCUAUGCUGUCCUCCCCCUGCCCUGCUCCUUUAUAGAAAUAAGUAUUUUUAUCUAGAAUGCUCCAGAAUUAGUCUCUGCAUAUUUUUAAAAAGUGCUUGGAGCAUUAUAUAUAUAGCCAUUACAAAAGAAUCAUAAGGCCUAUGUAUUCUACUGUGUUUGAUAUUGCAUUAGCCUGCACAAAGUUUUUGCAUUUUUUAUGCAUUUGUCUAUUCUUUCUAAAUGAGAUGUUAGCUAAUGUUUCCUAAAGAGUUUCUUGCCAAGUUUCAAUAAUGCCACCUCAUCCUCCCUUCCUCUUUUCCUCCCUCUCUCUUUCCUUCCUUCCUUUCCUUCUCUCUCUCUCUCUUUGAGAAACCAUCUUAUCUAUUUUUAGACAUCUCAAGUUCCUAAAAUGUGAACCGUUGGGUGGUCUGUAAUUUGGCCCUACAGCAGCUCUUACUGGGCUCUCAUGGCUUGUUUUUAUCUGUACCAUAUGAUUUUAUUUCACAAGAGCUUCAUGUAUUUGGACUAUAAUCAACAAAAGAAAAUCUAUCUAAAUAAUUCUAAAAGUCUUUCCAAAUACCCUCCUCUGCAGUCCUGGUUCUUACCUGUUACUCAGAGUCACCUCUUUGUAGAUUUGGGCUCUUCUGAGCAGUUACAGGCAGCUCCCGUAAUCUGGGCUGAGUCUCUGCUAGGAACGGCUGGCUCUUCUUCCCAGGAAACAUUUAGUGGGGAAGAGGUCCAUCCCUCAGUUACUGUGGAGGAACCGUUCUGGUCGUCUGGUAGAAUGAAGAGAGGGCUGACCCAUCGUGGGUUUGGCUUCGUGGGUUCAUUCUUUCCUCAUCACAUGCAGAUGAAAGAAGGUUUGAGCCCACAUACAUGUGUAUAUGGACAUGAGCUCUGUUCUGACUUCCUCUUAAGUUUUGCUGAUAGAUCUAAAGCCUUUUUUAGUCUAAAUAAUUAAAUUUUAGUCAUACUCCUUAAGAGAAAAAGAAGCGUUCUCCAGAAAAAAAAAAAAAUUGUUGCAUCUUACAUAUGUCCAUCCUCAAGCAAAUCAAAACAUGAUGUUCUUCUGCUUUGUUUUAUCCUGAUGGUUAUAUCAUAUCCUUCUGAACCCAUUCGGAAUUGAGUUGACAUGACCAAUAUUUAUGUUUUAACCUUAAUUUCUGGAUUCAAACAUAUAUAUAAAUAUUUUGAGGGAAAAGAAAUAACUUUCAAAAUUUAAGUUAACUUAUAAAAUUUGAUGUUUGAACUUGCAUGUUAUGAGAUAAAAUUAUUUAGUCUCUAACCAAAGGUUUUGAAUUUAAUGCUCAUUUUCCUUUUAUUAUUUCUAUUUGUCAUAUACACACAACUCUCCUUUAUUAUUUGUGGCUGAAAAACAGUUUUUCUAUUUUGUAUUAUUAUUUUUCUCAUACAUAUGACUUUCUGUUGGUGUUUAGUAAUUUGGGACUUAUAAAAUUAAAUUAAAGUUCCAAUUUUGACCAUUUGGACCAAAAAACUAUAUGAAGAAUUAUGUAUGAAAUGUUUUUGUAUUUCUUGAUUUACAAAAGAAGGGAAAAGUCUGAUGAUAAUAUGGCUCCAAUUGGCUAUCUCUGGAGAAAAUUCCUGAAUGAUUAAAAACCAAAUAUCUGUGUUAUUAUUUUCAGCCUUGUGUUUCUCCGAGUAGCAGCAGCCUCCUGCCUGAAGGUGCAGGCAGCCCCUAGUCAGAUGUUUUCCAUGGGGUUCACAACUCUUUGGGCUUCUUUUUUUUUAAAAGCCCCUACUCCUGGAGAUCCUUGUUUCCUUACUCGAACUGCAGGUGGAGGUUUUGGUUCCUGUGGAAAUUCUGUGAGUGGAGUUUUCUGUGUUUCAUGAACCUGAACCUGGUAGUUCAGUGUUUAAACUCUAACAGUUCUGAAACUAGGGUCCCAGGCAUUUUCUGCAGCCACAGAGUGACUUGUUCUGGCAGCGGCUCGGUUUCGGGCUUCGAGGAAAAAGGAGGAAGCAAAUCCACCAGUGGAAC